CAUAUGCAGUCUACUGUAAAUAUCAGUAUAUAACAUGUACUAUUAACAGCAUGGAGCUGGGACACUGUUUAAUGUGAUUAUUAAGUAAGAAUAAUUUAUGAGUCAAAGUUCAUUUAUGAAACGUUUCAGCAGGUCAGAGGUGAAGUGGUGUCUCAGUCUCUGGGGGGACAUUUCCUUUUUAAAUAAAGCCGGUAUGGGAUGUUUAACUCCAUAUCUGGUAAACUGUAAAGCCAGGAGUUCUUCCUUUGUGUACAUUAUUUUCUCCAUCGUCAGACGAAACGACGAUGCAGAAUAAAAAACAUCAAUCGACAAAAAAUAUACUAAUAUAUACAAAUAUACUGCAAAAGACUACGAGCUAUGCGGCCUUGCCGCCACUUGUUGCCAGCAAAUCAUUUGAAUCUAAUGUACUUGUAUAUUUUCAUUGCAAAAAUGAAUGUGUCUUGUGGUUAAAACUGUAAAAACAUUGUUGUGAGGGAGGAGUGAUGAAAGAGGGGAAGAGAGCUGGACUGCCCAUUUCAGGCCAAAAAUUCACACUAAACUAAGUGUGUUUAUUUUCCUAUGUAUUUUGACCUUCUUCACUCGCCGUCUGACUUUCUGUCGCGCUUGCGCAGUAGCAACGACGUUGCUCGCCACAUUCUUGCUCAGUGGCUAGCUAAAACUAACAGUGUAACCUCCGUCUGCGAUCAAGCACCGAAUCUGUAUCUGUCCAGACCCGGUCCAGACGAGGUUCAGGUUGUUAAUACGGUACCGGUUCUGAUCCACGGGACCUGCACUGACCGCAGAGGCCACAGUUAGCUCGUCGUUAGCAUCAGGGGCUAGGUUAGCUUUAGCUUCGCUGCAGCAGAAUCAAAACAAACUGAAGCUAACGGCGGCUAGCAGCCCGCGAGCAGGACAACAUGGCGACGGAGGAGAAGAAACCAGAGACAGAAAACAUCAAACAGCCUUCAGCGUCCUCGGGCUCCGGCAGCAAGUCUAACCCGGCAAAACCAAACUACACAGUGAAGUUCACACUGGCCGGACACACAAAGGCUGUUUCCUCCGUCAAGUUCAGCCCCAACGGAGAGUGGCUCGCCAGCUCCUCUGCUGACAAGCUGAUAAAGAUCUGGGGAGCAUAUGACGGAAAGUUUGAGAAAUCCAUCGUGGGACACAAACUGGGGAUCUCUGACGUCUCCUGGUCUUCAGACUCCAACUUGCUGGUCUCCGCCUCCGACGACAAAACACUCAAGAUCUGGGACAACAACUCUGGGAAGUGUCUGAAGACUCUGAAGGGUCACAGUAACUACGUGUUCUGCUGUAACUUCAACCCUCAGUCUAAUCUGGUGGUGUCAGGAUCGUUUGAUGAGAGCGUUCGCAUCUGGGACGUGAAAACAGGAAAAUGUUUGAAGACUCUGCCGGCUCACUCUGACCCCGUCUCUGCUGUGCACUUCAACAGAGACGGCUCGCUCAUUGUCUCCAGCAGCUAUGACGGCCUCUGUCGUAUCUGGGACACAGCGUCAGGACAGUGUCUGAAGACUCUGAUUGAUGACGACAAUCCUCCGGUGUCUUUUGUCAAGUUUUCUCCCAAUGGAAAAUACAUCCUGGCUGCAACUUUGGACAACACGUUGAAGCUCUGGGACUACAGCAAGGGAAAGUGUUUGAAGACGUACACCGGUCAUAAGAAUGAGAAGUACUGCAUCUUUGCCAACUUCUCUGUGACAGGAGGGAAGUGGAUCGUGUCUGGCUCUGAGGACAGCAUGGUUUACAUCUGGAACCUUCAGACCAAAGAGAUCGUUCAGAAACUACAAGGACACACAGACGUGGUGAUCUCCACCGCCUGUCAUCCAACAGAAAACAUCAUCGCCUCAGCUGCUCUGGAAAACGACAAGACCAUCAAACUGUGGAAGAGUGACUGUUAGACUGAAGCAGACCCAUUGAUCCAGAUCCACAUCCUGAACUGAACUGGUUUAACUUGGUGUGUGACAGUCACACACACAAACACACAUUCUGUGAGUAAGAUUCACACAAAGAGCCAGAACCGGGUCAGACCAGGUCCCAGUGUCCCAGCUCAGAGGUCAGAGGUCAGUGAAGUUAAAACUCCAGAUGUUUGUAUUAUGUUUAUUUAACCACAGGAAGUCCUCAGGUAGAGGGUGGAGCCUAUGUUUAGCUCACCUGGAGGGAGGAAGAGGCUUUUAUUUUUGAUUUCCUGUUUGAGUCUUUGAGAAGCUUGUGUUUACUGCUGCUGCUGUUUCCUGUUGCUUAAGAAGCAGUACUUCCUCCCUCCCUUUCACAUUAAAGGCCUUCUAGUAGUUUAAGGGACAGACUCAUUUCUCUUCUCAAAGAUUUUUAUUGUUUAAAAAAAUCAUAGUUUUGACUUUCUGUUUUUUAAGAUGUUGUUUACUUAUGGAUUUAUUUAUCCCAUCACAACCAAGAGAAAACUAACGAGGUAAUCAAUACUUCAGUAGAUUGAGUAAACAACAGCCCCAAAUAGAGGUCACCCUGAUGACAUCACUGUUACAUCAUCAGACCAUUGACUCACAGACCAAGGUGGGAAAAAAGUGUAAUGGCCCCUUAAAAACAUUUGAUGUUACCUUCAUUAAUAACCUUCAAUUAAAAAAUUAAGUUAAUUUAAAAAAAAGUAAUUGAGAAAAUAUAUACAAUAAUAUGAUGUCAGAUUAAUGUUGCUAGGAAACCGUUUGAUCGACAGCUGGGACACACCUACUAGCCUCUGACUCGUCAGCUGCUGCAGUAACUGUGUGUUUGUGUGUAUGUGUUGUGUUCACUGACUUUCCGACCUAUAGGUACAUUUAACAAUAACAAACAGCAUCUUCGUCGCCAUCACCUCUGUCAACUGACCGAUCAACUGAUCAAACAAACGAUCAAUAUUGUUUGGAAGGAUUUUUUUCAGUUAUUUGUACAUAAAGAUUUUUGACAACAA